AUAACGUUCCCAAGGAGCAGAUUCAAAAUUAUUUUUCUUUAAAUUCAAAAUUCUAAGGCCCUCAUUUAUCAGCCAUCAGCAUGUUCCGGAACCAGCUAAAGCCCACAAAUUUUGCCAAGUGUCGACUCUGCUGGCAACUCCAUCAAGCGACCACAAACCAAAUGCAGACACAGACGCGCCAGUUCCGGGUGGCGGUGAUUGGAGCAGCCGGCGGCAUUGGCCAGCCACUGGCGCUGCUGCUGAUGACCAACAGGCUGGUGACGGAGCUGGCCGUGCACGACCUCCAGGCGACCAAGGGCUUCCGCAAGGACCUGUCGCACAUCGACACGGGCUGCCAGGUGAAGGCGUACCACGGAGCGGACCAGAUGGCGAAUGCCAUCAAGGGAGCUGACAUCGUGAUGAUUACGGCGGGAAUGCCGCGCAAGCCGGGCCAGACCCGGGACUUUCUGUUCGACACCAAUGCCCCGAUAGUCGCGAACGCCGCUGCCCUGGUGUCCCAGCACUCGUCGCAUGCGCUGGUGGGGAUCAUCACCAAUCCGGUGAACGCCGUGGUGGCCGUUGCGGCGGAGGCGAUGAAGAAGAGUGGCAGCUACGACCCCAGGCGGCUCUUUGGCGUGACCACGCUGGAUGUGGUGCGGGCCGAGAAGUUCAUCGGGGACCACAUGAGCCUCCAUCCAAAAAAGGUGCGCAUACCCGUGAUCGGUGGCCACGCCGGCACCACCAUCGUGCCCAUCUUCUCGCAGUGCCAGCCGCCCUUCGAGGGUGACGAGGAGUGCAUCAAGUCGAUCGUUAAACGCAUCCAGACAGGCGGCGAUGAGGUGGUCAAGGCCAAGGCCGGAAUGGGCUCCGCCACCCUAUCGAUGGCCUACGCGGCCGCCCGCUUCACCAACGCCCUAAUGUUGGGCCUCAUGGGCGAGCCGGGUCCGCCCGAGUGCGCCUACGUGCAGUCCGACGCCACCGACUCCCCGUUCUUCGCCACGCCCCUCACCUUUGGUCCCAAGGGCAUUGCGAAAAACCACGGCCUGCCCGAGCUGGAUGAAUGCGAAAAGGAGCAGCUGAAGGUGGCAGUCGAGGCGCUGAAGAAGUCCAUCUCGAAGGGCGUAAAGUACAUGGAAUAA